UGUAGUUAGCUGUCACUGUCAAAUCCAUCAAAUUCUCUAAUUAUAGAAUACAAAGUUAUUCCCUUUGAAAGCCUGCAAAUGUAUCAUUACUUUCUGUGAGAUAGAGCAGCUUAUUGCUUGUUCAAUCUCAGCUAUAAAGAUUCAUUUUGGCGAGUUGUUGCUCAGUGUACUGCUCUGAUGCCUGAAGAUAAACCACGAUGUGUGAUGGGUGUUGGUUAUCCACUGGAUAUUGUAGUUUGCAGUGCUUUAGGUGCUGACAUAUAUGACUCUGUUUGUCCCACUCGUACUGCUCGUUUUGGCACAGCUCUUGUACCAGAGGGAUUGCUGAAACUUAAACACAAAUCAAUGGCCGAGGAUACUCGUCCCAUUGAUCCAACAUGUGCUUGCAUGGUAUUUGAGUCGUGGAACAUUCAUUGUCUUGAGCUGUUUGUAUGAAUUAUACAUGGGCAUACAUCCAUUGUCUUGUUACAAAAGAUGCUAUGGGAUCACAGCUUCUGUCAUACCACAAUUUGAAUUGCAUGUUGCCGUUACAAACAUAAAUAAUAGCUUCUUUCUGUGAGUUUCGUUAUAUCUUGUAAUU